UUGAGAUAUGCCAACAACAGCAAUUACAAAAAUGAUGUCAUGAUCAGAAAAGAGGCUUAUGCACAUAAAAGUGUGAUGGAGGAACUGAAGAGAAUAAUUGAUGACAGUGAAAUUACCAAAGAGGAUGAUGCUUUGUGGCCUCCUCCUGACCGAGUGGGCAGGCAAGAGCUUGAAAUUGUCAUUGGAGACGAACACAUUUCUUUCACAACAUCAAAAAUUGGUUCCCUUAUUGAUGUCAAUCAAUCCAAGGAUCCAGAAGGCUUACGAGUAUUUUAUUAUCUUGUCCAGGACCUGAAGUGUUUGGUCUUCAGUCUUAUUGGAUUACACUUCAAGAUUAAGCCAAUCUAGAUUGAAUAUUGGUGUGGACACAAGGGGGGUGGGAGUGCUUCUUUUAAUGACCAUUAUCAAGACAUUUUUGUGUAUAUCAGGGCAAUAUUUUUUUUAUACACUAAAACGAUGUCUUUAAUAAAUACAUAACAAAAUGCAGUUUUUAUUA